AUGGCUGUGAAUGUGCACUUUACCGGGGCAACGAUGGAGAAUCUGUCCCGUAUCGAAUUGCUAGCAUGGGUUAAUCGAACACUGAUGUCGGAGUUCAAAAAGGUCGAAGAACUCUGCACUGGAGCGGCCUAUUGCCAGCUGAUGGACGUUCUGUUCCCAGGCUGUCUGCCCCUGAAGCGCGUCAAGUUUUGCACGAACGUUCAGCACGACUUUCUCAACAACCUCCGGAUGUUCCAGAACGGCCUGGUGAGUUUGAAGGUUGAAAAGUCGGUACCGAUCGAGCGGCUGGCGAAGGGCCGCUUCCAGGACAACUUUGAGUUUUUGCAGUGGUUCAAAAAGUUCUUCGAUGCCAACUACGAUGGCAAGGAGUACGAUGCGCCGCUCGCCCGAAACCAUGUUCCGAUGGCCUACGGUGCUGUGAGCGUUCUGCGUCCGAGUCAGCGGCCAAAUCUGAAAGUACCACCAGUAGGCGCAAUCGGUGGCAAAGAGAGAACCCGAUCGACAGACUCGGCCGCUAGCAUCGGGAAAGUGGUGCGUUGGAUUGAAAACGGUUCGAAGACGGACGGUGAUAUUAUCGAAGAGCUUUCGAUGGAGAUCGGCGAUUUGGCGAUAAAAAUGCAGGACGCCGAAAUGGCCAGAGAUUACUUCUACCAAAAGCUCAUGCUAGUGGAGAGAUGGAUCCAGGAACACCAAGAUGAGGCAAAUGAAGAGUUUUGUGGGAAGGUGCAUAAAAUAUUGACGGAAGGCUCGGAUUAA